AGAUAACUUUAUGCCAUAAGUGGUUUCUCGCUUCUCGAGUAUAAUAUGUAUGUGUGUACUUUUGUAUAUUAAACAUUCUAAAUCUUUUUCAGGGAGGUUAGUACAGUUACACGACGAAAUGUCAGUGGUGGAAAGAAUAAUAAUGUUUCUUUCCGAAUUGGGUGGCACCGCAUGCCUGGUAUUCGUCGGUUGCUUAGGAUGCAUCAGUGGUAAUGCGACCGUAAUAUCCUUUGGAUUUGGUUUUGCCAUUAUGAUGGGAGUACAGAUUUUUGGACAUAUUUCUGGAGCACAUAUUAAUCCAGCAGUGACGGUAGCUGCAGCCACUCUAGGAAGUUUUCCACUAAUUAAUGUUCCAAUUUAUAUAUUUGGCCAACUUAUGGGCGCUAUAACUGGUUUUGGACUGGUGAAGCUUUUAAUACACAACUCAAUCCUAAGUAUCGCUGGAUUGUGUUCGCCAGGACCUACUCAACAUCUAACUGCAUUUCAAUUAUUCCUAUCAGAAUUUAUUUUAACAUUGCUCUUGGUUUGGGUAUGCUGUGCAGUUUGGGAUAGCAGAAAUGCCACGAAGCACGAUUCACUACCUCUUCGACUUGGCCUAGCAGUAACUGGACUAGCAAUGGCUGGAGGUGGUCUUAGCGGUGCCAAUAUGAAUCCUGCUAGAAGUUUUGGCCCAGCUCUUUUAAAUAACACCUGGGAUCGCCAUUGGGUAUACUGGUUAGGUCCCCUUUUAGCUGGAUUUAUUGGAGCCUUAAUUUAUAGAAUAAUUUUUUCAAAGGAUGCCAAGAAAAAUGAAACAUACCCAGAGGGAACAUAA